AUGUUGGUGUUUGAAUGUUCCGGCGGUUAUUUUGGGGUGGAACGAACUGGGCUUAAAAGGGCUGCGGAGGCGUCUGGCCAGCGCGGGUGGAGACAGAGUCUGUGCACUAUCCCUGACUGGCAUCGCUCCCUUGAGAAUGCCUCUCCAUUGGGACUUAGGUGCUAUUUCCAGACGUAUUAAAAUGGUAUAACCCUUGGGCAGCUGUGCACGAAAAACCACCCAUACAGAUGAUUUUGUUGAAUUACUUACAACUUGUGGAUCUUAAAUGCCACUGGGCAUUACUGGGAAAAUAACAUCUUGUCAGUAGAAAUACUGGAAAAGUGGAAAAGAGUUUAGGCCCCAGCACCUGACAACAACCUGUCUCAAGGCAAUCCACAAAGGGAGCUGCUACACUGAAGUGUGGGGAAGAGGAGGUUCCCCUCCCCAUAAGAAUACUGGCAGAAAAGGCCUCAGAAGAUUAGCACUUAGAUGGACAAACACUGAUGAAUGACAAACGAAGUGGAUCACGCUGGUGGUGUUAGUUUCUACUCAUAUAAGGGAAACUACUGUGAGAUCUUUUGAAGAAGAAAACUAAGAUGAGUGAAAAAAUUAUUGGCUAUCUUGAGAACCUGCCCUGUGACUUCUGUCAACGGACUGAUGACUGUCCUGAAAAAUAUGGGGAAAAAAGGACUUAUGAGGAAUUCAAUCUCUCUGUUCAUUAUUACUGUUUAUUAAUGUCAAGCGGGAUUUGGCAGAAGGGUGAGGAAGAAGAAGGUUUCUAUGGAUUUUUAAUUGAAGACAUCCAAAAGGAAGUAAACCGAGCUGCAAGACUGAAGUGUAAUAUCUGCAAGAAAAGAGGUGCUUCAAUUGGUUGUGUGGCAUCCAGAUGCAAACGAAGCUACCACUUCCCUUGUGGAAUAGAAAGAAAAUGCAUUUUCCAAUUCAGGGAAAAUUUUCCGUCAUAUUGUUGGAAACAUCGACCCAUUCAGAAACCUCCCUCAGACUCUACAGGGUGUUCACAGUGUACAAUAUGUUUGGAACUGGUUGAACAUUCACCGUCACACACCAUUUUGACAACUUCAUGCUGUAAGAAUGCCUGGUUUCACAGAGACUGUUUGCAGCGUCAAGCUCUGAGUGCAGGAGUGUUUUUCUUAAGGUGCCCAGUAUGCAACAAUAAAGAGAAAUUUCAGAACGAAAUGUUGAGAAUGGGUAUCUAUAUUCCUGAAAAAGAUGCCUCCUGGGAACUGGAAGAGAAUGCAUACCACGACCUUCUUCAGUGUUACCAGCAUUGUGAUAUCAGAAGGUGCAUAUGUAAAAAUGGAAGAGACUACAGUAAGCCUGACAGUAAAUGGGAAAUAAAACGUUGUCAGUGUUGUGGUUCCAGUGGAACCCAUUUGGCAUGUUCUUCAUUAACACGGGAGCAAAACUGGGAAUGCAUGGAAUGUAGAAGCAUCCUUGCUUCAUCAGAGGGUAACUGCCAGAAGUGGCGAAAACGUUCCUUGACUGUCUCAGAAAAAACAGACAUUGGAGACAGUUUGCUUGAAGAACCGUCACCCAAAUGCCCAAGGCAGUCUCCUGGGUCUCACCUUGGCUUCCUAGUCAGAUCUCCAAAGAAGAUGUGCAACAGUGGUUUGACUCCACUGGAUCUUCCCUCUUCCAACAGACUGAUGUCCCCAACUUCUUUGAUCAGUCCUUCAGUGAGGAAUCUGUCACUAAGGAAAAUGCAACUUGGAAUGCAAAAAAAUGAAGCUUGCAAUCUUCUAAGGGAAUUGAGAUCACAGAUUAAUACCAAACCACUCACGUUAAAUAUCAAUAAGCAAAAUAUUUGGGAUAGCACCAUAAAGUGUUUUCGAAAGCGAAGCUUCAAUCCUGCCAAUACUAUCGAAGUAAAUUACAUAAACUGCGAAGGUAAAGUAGAGAUGAAUAUCUGCCAUUCACCAAAGGAAGAUUUUUUCCAGUCACUGAUGCUUCACCUUCAGAACUCAUCACUCUUUGAAGGUGGUUCUUCAAAGAACUUAUCUUUCGAUUCUCAAGCUCUUAAAGAUGACUUGUACUACGAGGCUGGAAGAAUGAUUGCUGUUUCCCUGGUUCAUGGAGGCCCAUCUCUUAGUUUCUUCUCCAAAACCUUGUUUAAUUGUCUUGUUUAUGGCAUAGAGAAUGUGAAACCAACAGUGGAAGAUGUUGCUGAUGUGGAUGUUUUGCAGGCAAUAAUGAAGAUAAAAUCUGCAAAGAAUGCAAAUGAUUUGGAGUCAGCAAUAAGUGAUCAUAAUGGAUAUCUCCGCACUAUUGGAUGUUUGAAACAUAUAACAGCUUUGUGCGAUAAGGAUAUGUUGGUGAAUGAAAUAGUGGAUUACCAUGUCAUCAAGAGAACACUUGCCCCUUUUGAAAGAUUUAGACAAGGUCUGAGAACUCUUGGUGUUUGGGAAAAAAUGCAGAUGAAUCCUGAUGCAUUCUGUAGCAUAUUGUGUCACAAACCUGAGAAACUGUCAGCAAAACUUCUUAGUGACCUCUUUACAAUCCAUUGUUUACUAAGCACACACAAAGCCAGAAGUCUUGAAUUCUGGAUGGGUUAUUUACAAGAGACAGAAGAUGGUGAAUCAGCAGUAACUCUGGAAGACAUAUUGAUGUUUGCAACUGGCACCGGCAGUAUUCCAGCCAUUGGGUUUGAACCUGAGCCCACAGUGAAAUUCACAAAUGUGAACUACCCUGUUGGAAACAGACAUCUAAACUGUUUAGAGCUUCCAGUAACAAGGUCUUAUGAGAAGUUCAAAAGAAUCCUAGAUUUCACCAUCAGAAGUAUUGUGAGAUUAGAAACGAAGUCUGUGCAGUGGAUGCUAAAAAUUGAAUGAUGGAACGACGCGAGAUAAUUGCCAGCUGCUUCUGGAUAACUUGCACUUAUCCAUACUCACAAGUUUACCACUUAACUAUGGAAAUGGACUGAUUUCAUUCUUUGCAUUUUGAACUUGGUUUCAAAGUGAUGAGCAAACAAAGCUUUUAAAACACUGAAUCGUAUUUUGUUUUUUGAAAAACCCUUGGAAACCUCAUUCUCAGUUGGCUAUUUUUUAACAAACCAGCAAAUGAUCACUUCGUAAAGUAAUGAUCUGAACCCGUAAAGCUGGCUUGUACUGUGUCAGAACACGUGAAGCUGGCUCGUACUGUAUCAGCCUACCAAAGUCAGUAUUGUCUACUCUGACUAACAGCAGUUCUCCCGGUUUGAAGCAGAGAUCUUCUACAUAAUCUGAUCCGGGAUAUGCGAGGAAUUGAACCUGGGACCUUUUGCCAGGCAAAGCAGAUGUUCUACCAGAGCUUGUCAUCUGCUGCAAUAAGGAUUUUCCAUUUGUAUUACAAACAAUUGGAAACCAAAACUUCUAACAAGUAUAUUCAGGAAUCCCUCUGUAGUUUAAUUUGCAAACCUUAAUGUAUGGAACAUCACUUUUUUGUGACAUUGAAUUGCUGAUGGGGUAUGCUUACAUUUUUCCAAGUGAAAAGCCAUUGUUUUUCUAAUAAUUUGUUUUAUGUGGAAGCUAAACACAUUACCUCAUUUUAUAUGUUUUGUGAAGUAUUUUCAAAAGGAACGACAGACAUUAUAAUGUAGCUAUGGUGUAUUAUACCAUCUAUGGAUUUCCGUUCUACAGUCUUUCCAAAGCUUUUCCUUUUGAUAUACUAAUGGUAAUGCGUUGAAAUAGAUUAGAAGAAUGUAUUGUCAUAUAAAGAAUUUAAGUUCAGAAAAUGUACAAUAUCAGACAUUUCCAGGUGCCAGUUCACCUGUGCAUUACGUAUAUUAAACACAUUCCGUUUUAUCAGUAAUUGGAAAAAUAUCCUACUUCCAGUAAAUAUAGACUAAGGUUCAGAACUUUUAGCAUUAUGUUUGCCCCUGUCAGUAUAUAUAGAAAUAUAUAGUUUAAACGUUCCUUAUAUACUCAAAACUGAUUUGAAAAUUUGUGCACUUCAGAUUUCAUUAAAAUUAUGUUUAUCUAA